UUUCGGUUUCGUCAGCGUCCACUUUGUACAUUUCUCAUCACUGACCUUCCAUUCCCAUUUCUGUUUCGCUCUCAUUCAAUUCGUAAGCCCCCCUCCCCAUUCUCUCCUCUCAAAAGUAUUUCUGUAAGCUUUCCCGGUCUGACCGGUCCUAUCCCGGUCGAUCUCGUCGUUGAUCAAACACCGCCACCACCACCAACGACUCAGUCAUGAAUCCCGAGUAUGACUAUUUGUUCAAGCUUUUGCUUAUUGGAGACUCAGGUGUGGGCAAAUCAUGUCUUCUUCUGAGAUUUUCUGAUGAUUCGUAUGUGGACAGUUACAUUAGUACCAUUGGAGUUGACUUUAAAAUACGCACAGUAGAGCAAGAUGGGAAGACCAUCAAACUCCAAAUCUGGGACACUGCAGGACAAGAGCGUUUUAGGACAAUCACCAGUAGUUAUUACCGUGGAGCACAUGGGAUCAUAAUAGUUUAUGAUGUGACAGACCAAGAGAGCUUUAACAAUGUUAAGCAAUGGUUGAGUGAAAUUGACCGAUAUGCUAGUGAGAACGUAAACAAGCUUCUGGUUGGAAACAAGUCUGACCUCACUGCCAAUAAAGUUGUGUCUUAUGAAACAGCCAAGGCCUUUGCGGAUGAAAUCGGCAUUCCAUUUAUGGAGACAAGUGCAAAAAAUGCUACUAAUGUGGAGCAGGCAUUUAUGGCCAUGUCCGCUGACAUCAAGAAUAGGAUGGCGAGUCAACCAAUGAACAAUGUAAGACCACCAACGGUUCAGAUCCGAGGACAACCUGUUAACCAGAAGGCUGGCUGCUGCUCUUCUUAGUUGCUCCUUUUUCGAUAUUCCAUUGCUAUGUAUGCUUGUAAGAGCAACCUUCUCUAUGAAUUAGAGUGGUCUAAUCCCCUAAAACCGGUAUGAUGAUGAUUCGCACGUCAGUUUGCCUUUUAGAUGUUCUGCUAUUCAUUCCUAUUUUUGUUUGUUUCUAAAUGGUCUCUUAAUUAUUUUCCGUCGUUCUUGUCGAUAACUCGAUGGCCUUUUCUAUUGCAUUCAGUGUCUUGGUGAUUUCA